GAGGACACGACAAGACAUUCGCAUCAAAUUUUUCAACGCUCCCAAACAAUGGCACGGACCGUAAGCAGACGGGCAGUAUCCACUGCCAGGCCGAGAAAAAGGAGAUCCGGAUCAAAGCGUGGAAACGCCGGCCCGAAAGUUUCAGAUCUCAUUUUGAAAGCCGUGGCUGCGUCUCACGAACCCAAAGGCGUGUCUCUGGUCGCACUGAAGAAGGCGCUCGCGGGCUACGGGUACGACGUCAAGAAGAACAAGUCGCGCGUCAACCUCGCGCUCAGAUCGCUCGUUAAGAGAGGCUUGCUCGUGCAGACCGGAAGGACCGGAGCGCGCAGUCCGCUCAAGGUGAGCAAACGCGAUGCGGUGAGGAAACCAGCCAAGAGGCGUGCUCUAAAAAAAUCUAAAGCGGCCAGGCGUAAAAGAGCUACUAAAAAGGCACCCAGGAGAGUGAACAGGAGUCGGAGGAGGGCGAAGAAACGUUCAGCAAAGAGAGUUACCAUGAGCCGAACAAGGAAGGUGAAAGCAGCGAAGCGUAAAGCAGCAAAACGCAAAAAGUCCAAGGUUAGGAGGAAGAGAACUGUCAGGAAGAAGUAAGAGACUCCAUUACCGUCCAAAAAGAAUUGCACUGACAUUCAACCUAAAAAUAUUCAAUAAAAACAUAACUGAGAAAAUAAUAAAAAAUCACUACUGAACUUAGAAAUACAAGAACAUAUCUACCAUCAUCGGCCCGACUCAAGAAAUACAUCUCGACGCAGACUGAAAUGACAGAAAUUUAAUAGAUAUUUCCAAAGUAAAAAAAAAAAAAAACGGACAGGGCAUCUUCGUCUGAGACUUAAAAGGCUAAAAAAAUCAAGAGAAUUAUUUUCUUAUUAUAAUUAGGUUUAGAGGUUUCUCCGUUGCCUUUUUAUCACAAAUAUUGAUUACAAAAUUCUUGUUAAAAUAAUCACACACUGUAUACGAAAACCCUUAACGUGAUAAUUAAAACAGAAAUCUAAAUAAGAUUUAUGUGCGCAAUCAAAGUUAGGUUUAUGUUGUACAAUCUGGGUAUAACGCAAGACCUCAUAAUAAAUACGCCAAACACAAAGAAAUAGACAAACAUAUUUAUUCAUAUUAAAUUUAGAUUAGAAAAUCAUUUUUUAAGUAAAAAAGUUACCAAUGAGUGCUACAUUUAAUAAAAUUAAAAUACCCAAAUAUCAUUGGAGUAAAAUCCACAGCGAAAAUAAUAAACAUACGUAUUCUGACCUGAUUGUCUUUAUUAAUAAUCAAUUUACAAUAAAAUUUAGUUACUAAAUUAUUUAAAAUAUAUGAAGAAAUCUCCAUAAUUAGAUUAAACUAAAUAUGUGGAAAAUAUAUAUUGCUUAACAGCAGAGAGGUAACGAUUUCUUAUGUAUAUCCAAAUAUCUCGGAGGAACAAAGUAAAAUAACUUUUUCUUUAAGGACGUUAUACCAGCUUUCAUGUAAAAAGGGAACGCAGACACGACAUAGUUGCAGAUGUUAAGACAUUUGAUUAAAAAAACCCAGAAAAAACAAUAAAGGAAAAGAAAACCAAACUGAAACCCGAACCGACUUCACCAGAAACAAGCAAGCUUAGAAAAGAAAUCAUAAAUUUUCAUAAAUUCCUAUGAACACACAUGUUCAAUAAAUUGUUAACACAAACUCAAGAUUGUUAUAACAUUUCUUACAUAACCUAAAAACUGUGACAUAGUGUAGUAAGGUUGAUGCAAAAUGUAGUAAGGAAAUCAGCUUUUAUAGCAUUACAGUACAAUCUUAAAAUGAACAACAAAAGGAAAAAAUUAGACUACUAAUCUGUAACAGUGGAACUUUCUAUUUCUAAACAUUAACAUUGCUGUGAAAUAUAAUUGACUAAAAACAUGAAGAAAUGAACAAUAUCAAACAAGA